AUGUGCUCACUGCUCCUACGAGCUCAUGGACUUUGCAUGCCGUCCACUUUCUACUUCUCGCGUCUCGUAGACCGCUCUUUACUCUCAAAGUCUCCUACUUUAGCCAAAAUCGUCCAUGCCCAGCUCUUCAAAGCUGGAUUACUGCCAAAUACCUUUUGGGGAAACCGCUGUCUUCAGCUCUACUUCAAAUCCGGCGCCGUCGUCGAUGCUUUUCAAUCAUUUGACGAUAUCUCCGAUAAGAGCAUCAUGUCGUGGAACAUCUGCUUGAAGGGUUUACUCAGAAAUGGCUAUCUCAAUCACGCACUGGACCUGUUCGACGAAAUGCCUCAACGAGAUGUUGUUACCUGGAACACAGUGAUUUCAGGUUUUGCUUCUUGUGGGUUUUCUGAAAUUGCGAUUAGGGUUUUCUUGGAUAUGGUUAUUCGCCCAACGGAGUUCACUUUCUCGAUUCUAGCUUCUCUUGUUACUUGUGUUCGCCAUGGAGAACAGAUUCAUGGUAAUGUUAUUUGCAGCGGUGUGAGUUUGUCUAGUUUAGUGGUGUGGAACUCACUAAUGGAUAUGUACAGAAGAUUAGGAGUUUUUGAUUAUGCUUUAUCCGUGUUUUUAGCCAUGGAGGAUAGAGAUGUCAUCUCUUGGAACUCUUUGAUCUUGUGUUGUUCUGAUUCCGGCUACAAAGAAGCAGCCUUGGAUUGGUUUCGUCUAAUGAGGGAAUUGGGGAAUCGACCCGACGAAUACAUACUCUCCACGGUUUUGUCGAUUUGCUCGGGUUUACGAGACCUGUGCAAGGGGAAGCAGGCUAUUGCUCUGUGCGUCAAGAUGGGAUUUCUCUCUAACACAGUUGUUUCGGGAGCUGCGAUCGACAUGUUCUCCAAAUGCAACAGAUUGGAAGAUUCGGUUAAGCUUUUUCGGCAUUCAGAGAAAUGGGAUUCGGUGUUGUGCAAUACCAUGGUGGCUAGCUAUUCUUGGCAUGGUUUAGGUGAAGAUGCUCUGAGGUUGUUUAUCCUCGCCGUGAGGCAGAGCGUUAAGCCCGAUAAGUUCGCUCUCAGUAGCGUUCUAAGCUCAAUGAAUGCCGCGAUGCUAGAUCACGGAGCUCAACUUCAUUCUUUGGCUAUCAAGUUAGGUUUUGAUCGGGACACGGUAGUAGCCACUGCGGUCAUGGAGAUGUACUUCAAAACCGGGGUUGUUGAUUCAGCAAUGAGAGUCUUUGCAACAACUGUUGAUAAAGAUCUGUUUUUUUGGAACACCGUGAUAAUGGGAUUGGCAAGAAACAGCAGAGAAGCUGAGUCCCUUGCCGUUUUCCGGCGAUUACUGAUGCACCGAGGUCUGAAACCGGAUAGAGUGAGUUUUAUGGGGAGCUUGUUAGCUUGUUGUUAUGCUAACUUUGUUAACGAAGGGAUUAAGAUAUUCUCGUCAAUGCAAAACUCUCAUGGAGUUGAUCCUGAGAACGAGCAUUACGCUUGUAUAGUUGAAUUGCUUUGUAGAGCCGGUAUGAUCAGUGAAGCAAGAGACAUUGCAGAGCGGAUACCUUUUGAACCAAGCUCUCAUAUUUGGGAACCGAUUCUUUGUGCUUCUCUGGAUCUUGAAAACAUGAGUCUCGCUGAGACAGUUGCGGAAAGAAUGUUGGGAUGUGAACCAAAGUCAGCGUUUCCUUAUCUUGUUCUGAUUAAGUUGUACGAGAUGACUUUGCGAUGGGAGAAGUCAGUGAGGAUAAGAUACGCAAUGGAUAAACAAAAGCUAAAAUGUGCUCAGGGAUGGAGCAAGAUCGGUUUAAAGAGCAGUGUGUACAGCUUCGAGGCUGACCAGUUGCAGAUUCAUGGAGGUCAUGAUACUUGCGCAGCCUUGGAAUUACUGUCUUGGGAUUCUGAUGAUCAGAAAAUUCAUUGGUCUGAAGAACAUUUUUACUAA